GAAGUUAUUCGCCUUAUAUUCGUUAUUCAUUAAUCGUUAAUUUAUUACAAACAAGAUAAUAUGAAGUAAGGAAUAGAAUUUAUUUGAUAUAAUUCAUUCAGUAGAUAAAUCGUUAUUCAUUAUUAAAUUCAUUAUUAAAGUUCAUUUGUAUAUUUUGAUAUUGUAAUUUAGAUUACAAUAUGAAUGGUGUGAUAUACAUGAAUUUAUUUGUAUGUACAUAUACGUUGGCGCGUGUGUUGUGUAGUGAGAUAAAUUAGGCUGAAUGCAAAAAAAUUGAAAAUGUUUUCACGUUUUGAUUGCGCAAAUAUGUGUUGCGCGUGCAUGUGAAAUUCUUAAGUAAAUUUUUAAGAAAAUGAACGCCCAGGCGCAAGAACAUGGUCAUGCUGUUGUUGUGUGGGAGUGGGAAAAUCGUCACGGACGUUGGAGACCUUAUAGUCCUGCGGUGUCGCAACAUCUUGAGAGAGCACAUUGUAAAAAAUUAACUCGGGUUUUCCUGAAUGAUGCAGAUCCUAGUUUGGAUAGGUAUUAUAUAAAUUUAAAAACUAAAACACAAUGUAGUGAAGAUGGGAAUGAAACGCAUAAUAUUAGAAGAAAAUUUUAUCUUCCAAGUUCUCCAGCUGGUAAAGGUGCUAAAUGGGAGUGGGCUGGUGACACAGAUGAUUGGCAUACAUAUGAUAUGGAAGUGCAAUGUUUGAUAGAAGAAGCAUGGGCAAGAGGUGAUAAAACUAUUGAUGUGUCUAAGACUUAUUUAGGUUUUCCUUAUAUCAUAAAUUUUUGUAAUUUGACUCAAGUUCGUUGUUGCACUGGAUAUGUAAGAUCGAUACGACGUAUUCAGCAAGCACCUUAUCCUUUAGUCAAAGUAGCUUUAGAAGAAUUACAAGCUAUUUCUGAAAUAAAAGCAACAUCUGCAAUUGUUAAAAAUUUAACUACAAAAAUCACACAUAAAAAGUCAUCUACUGGAAAUACAAAAAAGAACAAUAAAAAGAGCAAAAGUGGAGAUACCGGUCCAUCAAACAUAGCUCGUGUUAUUUUGAGUAAUUUUAAUAUAUUUAGUAAUAAACAUGGAAUAGAAAAUAACAAUUCAAUUACAAGUAUCGAAUCUGGACAAAAAAGAAAAACUUGGGAUAGUGCAUUGGAUGUAGAUUCUAGUAGUACAAAAAGUGGACGAAGGCCAAGCGUUGAUACAGUUUCUACAUAUUUGAGUCAUGAAAAUCCAAUAGAUUUAUUGGACAGCAGUGUAGGAAGUGAUGAUGCUUUCAAAGAUGCCAUUUUGAGUGUAGACACUGAAUCUGAUGUUAUUUCCCAAUAUGUGAAAGUAGUAGAAAGUGAUAAUUGCGACUCUUGUCCUGUCUGUCUGGGUACGCCAGAGCCACUAACAGUAGAGUUAACUCGCUGUAAACAUAGAUUACAUUUAGCAUGUUUGAAUGCAAUGCUUAGUUGUCAACAACCUCCUAUGUAUAUACAGUGCCCUGUUUGUCGUUUAAUUUAUGGUGAAAAAAGAGGAAAUCAACCUCCUGGAACUAUGAAUUGGACAAGAAUACUCCGAGCACUGCCUGGUUUUCCAAAUACAAAUACAAUUCAGAUAACCUAUGACAUUCCAUCAGGAAUUCAAGGAAAUGAACAUCCCAAUCCUGGUCAAGCUUAUUAUGCUGUAGGCUUUCCACGUAUAUGUUACCUUCCAGAUAAUAAUUUAGGUCGUAGAGUUUUAAGAUUGCUACAAAUUGCAUUUGAACGAAAACUUAUAUUUACAAUCGGACGAUCGAUAACUACUGGAAGAGAAGAUGUAGUAACAUGGAAUGAAAUUCAUCAUAAGACUGAACUGGGACCAUCAACAACUGGUCAUGGUUACCCUGAUAAAAGUUACCUCGAAAGAACAUUAGCUGAACUAGCAGCUCAGGGCGUAACAGAUGGGCAAUCAUCACCUACAUUGUACCAGGAAUUACAAUGAAGUAAUAACUUCUAUUUAAUACAUUAUAUGAGAUCAAAUUUUACAAUUAAUAUUAAAUAUUCAGUAGACUUAUAAUUUAAUAUAAUGCCGUAGAUUCCGCACUGUGUGUUCAGUUAAUGUCACUUUUUUUUAAAGUAAUUAAACGAUGCAAAGGUAAUAGUAUUACAAAUUUAUAACUU